UAUAUAGAAUGGUGAGAGUAAUAAAAAAUAUAAUUUAAAUGACUAAAUUGUGUAUUGUUAUAUUUCUGAAAUUAAAGGACUUGCAUUGUUGUUUUCGGAAAAAUAUAGGCCAGGGUACAUUUGUCAAUAUAAAGUUUAUUUGGAGCGCAGUUACAAACAACUGAGCGUUCCCAAAGAAAGCAUUUGGUGCAGAAAGAAAGAUGAAACCCUGCCAUUUUAAAACUCAGCUUCUUUAAAGUCAUUUUAAUACUUCUUUAAAACUCAGCUCGCCAUUUUAAUACUUCUUUAAAACUCAGCUCGCCAUUUUAAUACUUCUUUAAACCCUCGUUACUCGCCAUUUUAAUAUUCUUUAAAAGUUACUAAUGGGGAACUGUCUCUGUGGCCCCAAAACACCCUCCACACGAGUCGAACCAACUACUGAUCAAGCGACCCUGCCCUGUCCAAAUGUUUCUCCACCAGAGGAGACUGCUGAGAAUCAGAAGUUGGUUCCUCUUGCUGAACAAGAAGACAUCAUGCUCCCACACUUUCAUGGUCCAGCCACAUUGCAAGUUGAAGGCAGUCCCUCAUCCGCCACUGAUGGCUCUUCACUGCAAAUUACUGACUGGAGGAGCCCCUCAUCGUUCGUUAAUCAUAUUGUAAAAUCGGAGUCCUCCUCGGUUACAUCACACACCUCCUCUGUAGCAACAGAUAACUCUAGACCAGAAUAUUGCCUAAUUGUAGGUCCUUUUGGUCGAGAGUACUCCUACAAGGGAUAUUUGCCUACAAUUAGAAAGGUGGUUGUAUCUAAGCAUCUUGGUUUCGAUGGGGUGCCUCUUUAUCACGGACCACAACGGAGGAGGCAAUUUGAAGUUCAAAUGGCUACACUGAAAAAACCAGGUCAUCCAGAUCUUGUGAAAUUGAUUGGAGUCUAUUUCGCGGAAGGUCAUACUGUACCCUUAUUUGAGCUCAUGCCUAUAGGUUUUUAUGAAAGUUAUCUCCAUGAUUAUCCACAACUUCAACAAGAACUGGACUGGAACACGAGAGUUAACAUCGCUGUAGCCGCUGCAAAGGGAUUGCAAAGUAUGCACAGUGAAAUGAUUUGAGGGUAAUGGCAUGUGAUAUUUUUAGCUUUGGGAUGUUUCUCUUGGAACUUUUAACUGGCCUGAAGCCCGUCAAGGAUAAAAGUAGUGGACUGGAAAACCUAGUAGACUGGGCCAAAGAUAUGCUCAUUAAUAACACGAAUCCUGUGUACAUGGUUGACCCUUUUCUGUUUGGUGAUUACCCUCCCGAAGAACUACAUCAAAUUCUCAACCUUGCUCAACAAUGUGCUCAGGAGGACCCUAGCAGGCAACCUGCUUUAUCAGAACUAUUUGGAGUACUGGAAGAAAUGUCUAUGAAGAAAGAUGGCUUUGUGUAUUUGAGCAAGUCUGCUUUCUCGAGCCAAACAGGUAACAUCCUAGCCUCAUCGGGGUUAUCUCAGAACAGUGAUCUUAUUCAUGAGUCCUCCAUGGAUGGCCAGCCAACGAAGGACGGAUCGGAGAAGAGUUCUGAUGAAGACUGGGAACACUUAGCGUGAUUUCGCUAGUACUGGGGUGUGUAAAUGGUAGAUAUAGACAGAAGAAAUUUUGAACAUGGAGAUUCUAUUGUAGAAUUUUUCAAGCUUAGUGUGUAGAUUUUGCAUUAUGGGUUAAGGUGAUUUCAUAAGUCUUGUACAUUUGAGAUGGGAUCUGUAGAUUUGUUUACAAUAUUUCUUCCAUAAAGUUAGGUAAUAUGGUUGUACAGAGGUAUCAUCAUAUGGUGCUAUUGAUACAAAUGAGAUAAUCUUUUGGUUUUUCAGGUAAA